GAGCGCAGCGCCGCUCAGUCGCUGUUCAUUACUGCACUCAGUGCUCGUGUGUGUUUGUGAGAUUACAGAUCCGAUCAGAGAGAUGGCAGAAACCGCUCCAGCUGCAGCCGCCCCGCCGGCCAAAUCGCCCAAGAAGAAAUCUGCUGCCAAACCCAAGAAAACGGGUCCAAGCGUCGGUGAUCUCAUCGUCAAAACUGUGACCGCGUCCAAGGAGAGGAGCGGCGUGUCUCUCGCCGCCCUGAAGAAAGCUCUCGCCGCCAGUGGAUACGAUGUGGAGAAGAACAACUCCCGCGUCAAGAUCGCCGUUAGGAGUCUGGUGACUAAAGGGACUCUGGUGCAGACCAAAGGGACCGGCGCCUCCGGCUCAUUCAAGCUCAACAAGAAACAAGCCGAGAGCACGAAGAAACCCGCCAAGAAAGCCGCUCCUAAAGCCAAGAAGGCCGCAGUCAAGAAACCCGCCGCUGCCAAGAAGCCCAAGAGUGCCGCGGCUAAGAAACCUGCCGCCAAGAAAUCUCCCAAGAAGGCGAAGAAACCAGCAGCCGCUAAAAAGGCAACGAAGAGCCCCAAGAAGGCAAAGAAACCAGCAGCCGCCAAGAAAGCAGCCAAGAGCCCCAAAAAGGCCAAAGUUGUCAAACCCAAAACUGCAAAGGCUAAAGCAGCCAAGCCUAAGAAAGCAGCUCCCAAAAAGAAGUAAAUGAUCUUCCGAGUUUCUCCCUCAAAACGGCUCUUUUAAGAGCCACCCACUAUUUCAUAUAAAAGAGCAACACUUUUGUAUUUUAUAUUUAUUUUGUGAUGUUUUAUUAGAUUGGUUG